AUGAAGAGCUUCAAAAAGGAUAAGUUUGUAUCAAAAGUGCCGAUGGAACUUAUGACAUCGUUACAACAAGAGGAAAGGCUUAUAAAGUUAAUACAUCACAGAAACAAGAACCAGCAUCGUGUAGCGGUAUGGUGGAGACAGUUUUGCACAUUAAAGAGGGUUGUUUCUCAAAUAACGAUUCUCCUCCAACAUCGGAAUAAGUUACCGGUGAAUGCACUAUAUCAUGUAACACAUAAAUUUAUGAGAACACAGGUUAAGAAAAUGUAUUAUGAAUUUAAUGGUGUAAUAUCGUUGGGCCAGUUCCCGACAUUGGGAGUGGUACUUAUAGGGUUAUUAGGUCGAAUACAUAAUCAUGUUGCCAAACUUAUCGUUUUGCACAGUGAAGAAUUUAGUAAAUUCAAACAAACAAAUAGUGUGAAGAAACAGGAUGAUGCCAUUAACGGUAUUCAUAUAUCAGAUGAUAUUACAAUGUUCAACGAAGAAGUAGGAGAAAUAAUAAUAGAGAAAGACAUUGUGGACAUUAAAGCCAUUCCUUUGAUGGAAAUUGAAGAAGAGAUAACGAAGAAAAGUACUAAUUCCAAGAAGAAGAAAAAGAAGAAAACAAGUAAAUCCAAGAAACCAAAAUCUGCUAUUGAUAGUAUAUUUGGAUAG